AUGAAGGCGGUCAAACCAUCAAACAAUGCGAGACGAAAGAUUUCACCACUGUCAGAUGGUGCCAAUACGGCGAAUUCGGGAUCUGCUGCCGCAAAAUCAGCGGUAACACCUGCGACAACCAUCGACCUUCGUGGUGUCCAAGUUCAUUUUCCCUUCAAACCAUACGCUUGCCAAGAAGAUUACAUGGGAAAAGUUUUGGAUGCAUUGCAUCGAUCUGAAAAUGCGCUUCUUGAGUCUCCCACUGGUACAGGAAAAACGCUUUGUUUGCUCUGCUCGGCUCUGGCAUGGCAAAAGGAACAAGCUCGACUGCUGCAACAACAGACAUUUGCUGAUCCAUCAGCUGCGAACCCGACAAAAAAGGCAGUGCACCGAGUGCCGACCAUUAUUUAUGCUUCCAGAACCCACUCGCAGCUGUCACAAGUGGUUCGUGAGCUGCAGAACACUCGAUAUCGUCCCAAGCACGCAGUGCUUGGCUCUCGUGAACAAAUGUGCGUCAACCCAAAGGUCAAGAAAGCAACUUCGACAGCUUCCGAAAUCAAUCACGACUGCAACAAACUCUGCAAAGAACGAAAAUGUCGGUACCGAAACAAGCUGGAAGGUUUUCAGCCACCGCCCAACGAAUCUGGUCUUACGUCGAACGAUCAGCCUAUCAUGGACAUUGAAGAUAUUGUUGCAAUGGGAAAGACGCACAAGGUCUGUUCGUUCUACUAUACUCGAUCAAAGGUGGAGGAAGCGGACUUGAUUUUCGUUCCGUACAACUAUCUGUUUGACAAUGAUGCUCGGACCACAACUUUGGCAGAAGUCGCUUGGGACAAUGCUGUGAUUAUUUUCGAUGAGGCGCACAAUCUCGAAUCCUUUGCAAGUGAGUCGGCCUCGUUUGAUCUGUCAACGUUGGACAUAUCUCGGUGUAUUCAGGAAGUGAGCAGGGCAUUGAAUUACGUUGAAAACAUACCGGAGCAAGAAAACAAAAUCAAGAAAGAAAACAUUCUUCGACUCAAGUCAAUCUUUCUGUGUCUUGAGGAACAUAUUUUGACCAUGGAGAACGAGGCAGCACAUAAAGGAGAGUUCAUGAUGGAAAUCUUCCGAAGGGGGGCAUCGAUUUCGCAUGCGAAUCAUGAUCUGUUUAUUCGAGAGGUCAAGAAACUCGUGGAUAUCUUUCUUGAAGUCCAAGGUGGCAACAAUAAGGGUGCCCCAGGCUUGCAACAUUUGAUUCAAUGUGUAAAGAGAGUGUUUGGAGAGCAAACUGAAGCCAGAUGCAUCGCCAAGGCACAAUCCUAUCGGGUACACAUCUCACCGAAACAAAACAGUAACGCUGCGGUCGGAAGGACUGUUUCUUAUUGGUGCUUUGCUCCGUCUGAAGCCAUGCGAGAGUUGGCCGCUUUAAAGGUUCGUUCCAUUCUUGUUACCUCUGGAACGCUAUCCCCAUUGGAGAGUUACGCGAUGGAAUUAGACAUUCCCUUUCCAAACCGAAUCGAGAAUCCGCAUAUUAUCAAGGAUGACCAAGUGCAUGUAAGGGUAGUUGGGAGAGGAGUAACUGGCAAACUUCUAUCAAGCAGCUAUGAGCGCCGCCAAGACAAGGAAUACUACACUGAACUGGGUAACACAUUGGUCAGUCUUAGCAGAGUGAUUCCCGCCGGAAUGUUGAUCUUUUUUCCAAGUUACAGCGUCAUGCAGGCUUGCAUCGAGAAGUGGGGCGGCCCGGCAAAUUCCCGCCAAUCAGGUGGAAAACCAGUAAGCAGUUUCUUUGGGGCCAAGAAAAAGCAAUCUACUCGAUACUCCUUUCCGCAUACCCCAACGGCGUUCAGUACUUCAAAAGAGACGCUGACACCGUGGAAGCGACUACUCGGAAAUAAGGCUGUGGUUCUUGAACCAAGAUCCACAGCUGAUUUGCAAGAUGCCAUUGCGGAGUUUCACAAAUUUCUGAAUAUGCCAAAGUCGAAAGGUGUUGUCCUCAUGGGAGUAUGCAGAGGAAAGAUCAGUGAGGGAAUUGAUUUUGCGCACGACAUGUGUCGCGCCGUCGUUAUUACUGGUUUGCCUUUUGCUCCUUCGUUCGAUCCAAAAGUAAAAAUGAAACGUGAAUUCCUUGAUUGCAACAAGAGAAAACAGAACAUGAAAUCCAAAGAGGAUGGCGGUUUCGGUGCAAAGACAGCAGAUGUUCUAUCGGGCCACGAAUGGUACACUCAGCAAGCCCAUAGAGCAGUCAAUCAAGCAAUUGGACGUGUGAUACGAAACAGGGUCGAUUAUGGUGCAGUUCUGUUGCUGGAUUCUAGAUUUGGUAUGCCUGCGAACAAACAAGGCUUAAGCAAGUGGGUGCGACCGCACAUCCUGGACGAUGAAGGAAUGGGUAAGACUAUAUCUAGUCUUGCAAAAUUCUACAAAGAGGCAGCGGUGAAAGUUGAGCAAAGAAAGCUCUCCAUCCCCACUCCUCGGUUGGAGCCAAACAAAGUUUCGGUGAUACUAAAGUAUGAAGACGAAGGAAAAGAAGAUAUGCAACGCAUGUCCGAUGAGAAUAAGAUAACAAAAGUUGCAAUUAUUCGAAAGGCGGAUGGGACUGCAAUGCUUGCCUCGGGCAACGAAACAUCCGCUGGAGCAGAUUCCACCUUUGUUUCAUCAAACGACAUCAUUGCCAGGAUCGAUACGAAGGGGACAGGAUCACGAGACUUUCGGAAGCUUGUUCGGACAGAAGAUAAAGCUCUCAAUUACACGGAUAGCAAUGCAACGACUGCUGUUCGAUUGAAGGAUGCUAUGGCAGCCCAGGCUUCCCAGUCUGAAGCGUCUGGUACCAUCAGCAGCGGCACACAGAAUGGGAUAUCUCCUGCAAAAACUUUCUUCCUGAAACUACAGACUUGCAUGUCCAAGGGUGAAAUUGCGACAAUGAAGAAGCAAAUCUUCACAAUGAAGCGAUAUGUUGACAUUCAACAUCGCAAACCAUUCAUGGCAUCAGCUAGUGCAGCAAUCGAUACUAUUCUACGCCACGAGAACUUUGAAAAUCGAUCACGGACAGCACCACCGGAGCUAGUUUCAUUACUGUUUCGACUUUUGCCAUCACAUUACCGUGAUGAUUGCGAAAUGGUGACUCUAAACUCUGUAUACAGGCAAUCUGCCUUCGGAAAACAGGCAAAGUCGAUGUUGACCACGGAUAAAUAUAGAGAACACAGGAGCAGUCUCCUGAAGAUCCUCAAACUGAUCUGGUUUGAAGAUGAAGCUAGCCAGAAGUCCUCUUUCUCCACCUUGACAAAGGAAUUCGAGUCACACCUUGUCCGGCUCGUCGAGGCCAACCCGGGACUUGACCCUGGUAGUGUACGUGGCUGCAAGUCUUUUCUGCCACUAGAGUGUCAUUCAGCAAUAGACAGCCUGAUUCACAAGAUUGCAGAUGUUCGAAGAGCUUCCAUGGGAAUGCAUCAAAUGAAAGAAUCAGAGAAAAGACUUUUGAACCAAGAACUCAUGAGUACUCAACAAACCCCACCCGACAACACUAGCAAGACUAGUGCAUCGAGACAGAUCAACAGCACACAAGAUGACUCAAAACAGGGUACUGUUGCUGCAAAUGGAAUCUCGCUUCAAAAGGCCCGAGGUUUCCCUAUCGAUGAUAGAAAGAAACGACUGAACGCAGUAGCAAAAGGGGUUCUAAAAUCCGCCAAGCGGCCCAAAAAUGCUUUCAACACUUCAUCUUUGUUGAGCCCUUUGAGUAAGAAUCCCUACCGAAAGGCUAUUCAUCAAUCAGAAUCGAGAAUGUUUACAGGACGAUCCAAUUUCAAUGGAUUGCACAAUAUAAAGUCAAAUGCUCCAGACAGCUUGGCAUGCCCCAUUUGCGAGAAGAAGGUUGAUAAGCCUUACAUUGCAGAAUGUGGUCAUAUUGCUUGCAUCUCCUGUUGGUCUCAGUGGCUAAAGAAGAAUUCAACCUGCCCCAGCUGUAGAAAGCCAACGAAAAUGGAGUCCUUGGCAGUCGCCGUGUUCAAAAGCGCGUGA